GUUCUUUUAUUCAGAACUCUGAAGGUACAGGUGACACAGAGUGCAAAGCAGUCUAUGUGUCAAGUCAAACUGGAAGGAGCUGAAAACUCAAAGGAGAAGCAUUUACGCACAGGUCCUACACUCAGCUGGGGCGGAAACAAUCUGCGGCUGCAGGUUUGCCACCGGCGGCAAAAAAGGGGACACACGCAGCACUGAGGAGGAACUGAGAAUGAAUGACCGAGUUCAAACAAAGUGGCCGUGAGUUUCUGUUGGGAAAGGAUCAAGAUCUGCUGCAAACUGUGCAGGAUUGCCUUCAUCUCCAAAAACCGGGUUGCAGCCGCAACUGUCUGAUUGAUGAGUGGAGUCCUGCUCAAACCCUGGGUAGAUGAAACAUCCUUUUUCAAGUGGGGAAACUGCACAAACUGUGAGAAAAAUCAUCAAUGAGAAUCACCUGUCAUUGAAAGUGGGAGGACACUUGACACUAUGGGAGAGUGCAAAGAACAGAGAGUGAGAGCUGCCUUUAAACAGAACACUGAGCAGUAAAAUACAUUCACUAACUUACAGCAUGAACAGUUUUCUACCAGCAGUCCUGUCUUGAAUCACCUGCAGUAGCAUCUUUAUGUUCUCUUUAUUCUCUUUUUCCAUGUCUGUUUUCUGUCUAUGUUCCUUAUUUUUAACAGUUUAAGUUCAUUUGUAUCAGUUUUAGGUGAAACUGAAAAGAGCUAAAAGUGAACUAUUGAGUUGAAAUGUGUCCUCUGUGUUGGCUGAUGAACAUAUGGGACACUCUGACACUUGUGUAUAGAGUGGUAUCCUAAUGAAGAUGUGUUUGAUGUGACAGGUGAUUGGCAGGAGGAGGAGAGUCUGACGGAGGAGCAGAGGAAUGUUGGCAGCCAUUUAGUCUGAGCUCAACAACGGAGGAAACAUGGAUUCUUCACAAAAAAAAUGUAAACACAGCAAUGGAAUGAGAUGUGGGACCUCUGAGGUGGAUAAGGAUGGUUCGGCAACAACAGCAAAAAGAGAUAAAUCACUCAGUUGUGAGCAAUGUGGCAAGACUUUCAUCACAGCAACAAAGCUAAGAAUUCACAAACGUAUUCACACUGUGGAGAAACCAUUCAGGUGUGAUCAGUGUGGAAAGGUUUUUACUGACAAGAGUAAUCUAGCAAAACAUCAACUCAUUCACAGUGGAGUGAAACCAUUCAGCUGUGAUCAGUGUGGACAGGGUUUUACUCACAAGAAUAAUCUAGCAAAACAUCAACUCAUUCACAGUGGAGUUAAACCAUUCACCUGUGAUCAGUGUGGAAAGGCUUUUACUCGGAGGAGUCACUUAAAAAGACAUCAACUCAUUCACAGUGGAGUUAAACCAUUCAACUGUGAUCAGUGUGGAAAGGCUUUUACUCGCGUGCUCUCUUUGAAAUCCCACCAACUCAUUCACAGUAGAGUGAAAUUGUUUGGCUGUGAUCAGUGUGGAAAGGCUUUUACUCACGUGCUCUCUUUGAAAUCCCACCAACUCAUUCACAGUGGAGUUAAACCAUUCAGCUGUGAUCAGUGUGGAAAGGCUUUUACUCACGUGCUCUCUUUGAAAUCCCACCAACUCAUUCACAGUGGAGUUAAACCAUUCAGCUGUGAUCAGUGUGGAAAGGCUUUUACUCACAAGUGUACAUUAAAAACUCAUCAACUCAUUCACAGUGGAGUUAAACCAUUCAGCUGUGAUCAGUGUGGAAAGGCUUUUUCUCAGAAGAGUACGUUAAAAAAUCAUCAACUCAUUCACAGUGGAGUUAAACCAUUCAACUGCGAUCAGUGUGUGAAAACCUUUACUCAACAUGAACAGUUGUCGAUCCAUCAAUGCCCCCAUUCUGGUAGAAAGCGGUACCACUGUGACUCCUGUGAAAAAACUUUCAGCUCCCAACAGACCUUAAAAUAUCACCAACGCAUCCACACUGGACAUGAUGUGUACGUAUGUGAUCACUGUGGCAAACCAUUUCUAUUGUACUCACAGUUAAAAGCUCAUGAAGUGACCCACACUGGGGUUAAACCAUACAUUUGUGACCAGUGUGGGAAACGCUACAGCUACACUGCAUGCCUCAAAGUUCACCAACGUGUCCACACUGGGGAGAGACCAUACAGAUGUGACAAGUGUAAGAAGACUUUUACAACUUUGGGUUCCCUGAAACGACACCAGCAGAUCCACACCAGAAAGAAAGCAUUCAAUCAGUGUCACAGUGAGCAGAAUGGAACGGAUGGACAAAACUCUCAGACUUGUCAGCACUCUGCCAAUGGUGAACAGUGCUGCUUUGACCAGUCUGGACCAACGUCCAACCAACAAGGAACCCUACAACGACACCAGCGUAUGCACACUGGGCACAGACUGAACCCCUGCCAAGAAGAUUUCUCCAUGCAGGGUUCAGUAAAAGUUCAUGAAGUCCUCCACAAACUUAAAGUCCUUGAGAUCCGGCUUCACAGAAUUCAGGAGAACAAUGUGAUGAGUGCACCGAGAGAUCCAAUACAGGGAGCUUUCCUUUUUCAAAGAUCAUUAGAAGGACAGAAGACAAAAAACCUAUCAUCUGGGUCAGGUGGUCACUCUGCAGCACAAGGAGUACUAUCCAGUGAUGUGCAGAUGAUACCUCAGUGUGCGUGUCACACAUUCCCCCUACUGUGUCGACGCUGUAUCACGCUGUAUUGAAAGAGAAGUUUUUGAAGCAUGUUUGGGCUCAAACGAUUUCUUCUCUUGGAUGCAAUUUCUCCAGCUUUGGAGAAAAUUCGUUCACAAGGAGCUGAUGAGGCUGGAGUAGACAGAUAUUUUUGGGACAGUUUGAAUAAGUGUGGGUAGGUAUUCUUUUGAGAUUUCCAGUAUUCCAGUGGAUCUUCGGUUCUGGGAAUGUUUGCUGAUGAAAGGUAUCUUUGUACUUCUAUCAUGGCAUCAGCCACAACACUUGUACUUGUUCGAGUACGGGCCACCUCCAUGUCCAGCUGUUGCCACAGGUUGUCUGUAAAACAAGACAUGAUUAGCUUCAAAUGUAAAUAUAUCACCCUGAAAACAUUUUGAAUAAAUAAAUACACACCUGACAUAGAAGAUGCUGGCAAAUGAGAUGAGGGGCCAGGCUGAUCUUCCUGUGGUGCCGAAGGUGGCCCAGAAAUUCUCAUCUCUGCAGCACAUUCAGAUUUUAGUUUCUUCACAGCAUCAUUUAUUUUGGUCCCAUUUAAGAAUCCAAGGGCUUUAAAUCGUGGAUCUAAUAAGGUUGCCAGAGACAGAUGACUGGAAGAUUCAUAAUUGUUCAAGGUUUCGGUUACUCUUUUGUCGAGUUCAUGACGCAGUUUUUUUCCAACUGAUGUUUCCAGAGAUGGAGCACAUUUUUGCAUUGUAUGAUGAAGCAUUUUCAUCAUCGGGAUUAUUUUGCUCCCACUCACUCGCUUCUCCUCUGAAAGCUCCACAGUAGCAGCAUUAAAAGGGGCAAGCACAAUCAGGACUUCUGCAAUGAUGUCAUGCUCCUCUCCAGUAAGUGCAGGCAAUGGUGUUUUUAAAGAUGCCAGACUCACCCAAACAGGCUCUUUUUGGCUUGCUAUUCUUGACAGCAUUUGGUAUGUGCUGUUCCAGCGUGUAGGAACUUCAUUUAUGAGUUUCAGAAUUGGUUUUUGCAUUUGUUGCUGCACGUGACUCAGCUUUUCCUUGGCAAGAGUGCUGGAACGAAAAUAGGUGACGAUGUUUUUGGUUUUAUGUCGGAUAUCAGUUAGGUCUGACACUUGAUCGCAAGAUUUUUUAACAAUCAAAUUUAAAGUAUGUGCGAUGCAAGGACUAUGCCCGAUUUUUAAUAGUCUUGCAGACGCGAUCAUAUUUGCCCCGGCAUCAGUUACAAAGCGUGCAACCUUCCCUGUGAUGGCCCAGCUGUCAAUCAGAUCUUGUGUGACCUAAAAAAAUACAGAAAUAUAAAAUAAGUCUAUGAGUAUAUGACAAGUACAUGACAUCAACAGAUACCAUUAUUAAUAUUUUCAAAAAACCUACCUCAGCAAUAUUCUCUGCUGUGUGGCUCUUGGGAAAAUAUUUAACUCCCAGCACAGUGGUGCACAUUUUAUUUUCAGUGUCAAAGAAGUGGCCAGUCACAGCCAAGUAGGCCUCCAUGUUUACUGAAGUCCACAUAUCUGCUGUAAGGCUGAUUGCAUUGUUGGAGUGUAAUUUUUCCUUAAUGUUCUGGGUUUCUGCUGCAUAUCUCUCAGAAACCAUUUCCUUUAGAGCCUGUAAAGUAGAAGAAAAUCUUCAAACAAUAAUAAUUGAAACUCCUAAUGAUAAGUGCAAUUUCUGACAUAUAGUACCUUUCUUAUUAGCAAACCACCAAUAAUUUCUCUACCAGAGUCUAUUACAGAUCCAGAAUUCCAUUGAAAUAUUGUCAAUAUAAUAUUAUGGAAAUAUAGUACAGUACCUUUCUGGUUGGUAUUGCGUAUGAUGGCUCAAGAGUCUGGAGCAUCUCCCUGAAUCCCUCGUCCUCAACGAUGCUUAAAGGUUGGCAAUCUUUGAUUAUCAUAUUUAUAAUGCAUCGAUUGAGGGCCUGUUUUCUAGAGGCUUGAAGUAAAAAAAAAAACAGUUUGAUUUAGAAUGUAAUUAGCCUCCAUAAUAAUUAGUGAUAGAUUACAAAAUAAUAAUCCACCAGUAUCCAUUCCUGGUGUAUUGUCUUCUCUUUCAUGACAAGCUUUAUAAUGCCGUAGCAUUGAUGAUGUGUUUCGGGUUGCAUAAGACAACUCCGUUGAACACAGACGGCAUUUAACCUGUGGAUCAUAAAAAUAUACACUACAGAUUUUGUCAGCCAUUUAAAUUGGAACGAAGUACAAAGAAAUUACCUUAUCAGGUGAUAUAAGGUCAAAAUGAUCCCACACGGCAGAGUACUUUCUCUUUCUCGGAGGUUCCAUAGCAAUGAACAGCGUCGAAGCAACAAGUGAGUCGAUGGGUGCUGGACUUCCUCAAGUAGAACUGGCGCCUCGAGGACACGUGAUACAACAUGAUACAAUACGACACAGUUACUGUGUCGGUCACGUGACUUUUCUUAAAGCGAUACGCUCAGUGAUACAGCUCGGCUGAGGUAUUGCUUUCAGUGCAUGAUACGUGAAUCGGUGCCUCGGCUCGUUCAGACCAACACUAGUACUAUCCCACAUUGGAUCUGAUGUUAAUAUUUCCCUUAGACAUGGUAAAUUGACUGACUGGCUGAUAUUGUAGAGUUAGUAAAUAUAGGCAGUUAACAAAAGGAAAUGAAUGCUACUUUGUGGAGGUACCAGAAUUUGGCCAUUUAACAAAAAAAUCUAAUGCUAAUAUUCUUUUAUUUCACCAGACUAUUGUUUACACUUCAAUGAAUGAUGCUGUUGUACAUGUAUAGUAAUUUUUAUUCAUCUUCAUGCAUACAGUGUUUGUGUACAGUAUGCGUGAUAUUUUAAAAAUAUAUAUAUUAACAAGGCCAACAACAAGUAAAAUGUGGUAACUGCAAGCUGUUUCUUCUGAGAUCCGUUUAUGAUGUGCUGUAUUGUUUUAUGAUGACCAAUUUUAAGAACUUAUUUAUUGUGGCCGGGCACUAUAUAAUUACACAAUUACAUGUAAGUAUGAAUAGUAUAUUGCUUUAUUUUUUAAUAGUAUCUUAUUUUCAUCUCAUUUAAAACGGCAGAAUUAAAUGGAAGAAUUCUGGGAGCCCCUGUCUUGCCUUCAGAGUUCAGCAACUGAGGUACAUACACAUAGCCUUGUAGAUGAUUUUAUUCAAUAAUAAGCCCCCCAGCAAUAAGAAAUGUCAGCAUUGUGUCAUGUUACAGGAUUCUGUAACAUGACAUAAUUUUCACAGUGAAAAUCAGCUUUUUGUGCAGCCACACUUGAUCCUGAUUUGAGUCUUUAAGUCCUGUUCUAGUGAUGAAAUGAGAACUAAAAAUCCUGACUGUGAGUUCUUCAUUACAAACACACAUUAUAUUAUCUGUUUAUUUUUCAUCUGCUUUAUUCUACUCAACAUUUAACAGGAUUAUAAAAAAUACAUUUAAAGUCUGUCAGGAAUCAUACAGGUAUGAGAUCCAUGAAUCAGGCAUAAGAAUGGGGCUCUGGCAGAGUGACAGCAAAAUAAGGGAACACAGUAUGAUAUUAUAACCUGUGAUUUAGAAUCAAAUAAUGCUAUAACCUGAUGAAUGUGUGUGAACUACCCAAAUGCUUGUUUUUUUUUUUAUCUUCUUUAAAUUUUGAAACAGUGUCAAAAUCAGAAGAGUGCCUCACUGUAAAGUGAUGAGAUGAUUAUUUUCAAUACUUGUCUUUUAUAAUCCUGGUUUAGCAGCAACUGAGUCACAGGAGAGUCUCAUUGCAAUAAAGAGGAUUGUUUGAUUGUGUUUUGAAGUAACCACAUGGGGGCAGCAUCUCACUGUGAGCAGUGAGGGCUUUGGUUACCAGAGGAGAUUAAUGUGGUUAAGGUUUUUAUUACUAUGAAAAUGGGAAUGCUUUGAAGGUUUUGAUCUCUAUGAAAUGGAGAUGUUUACAGAAGAGUUUGAUCACCAUGGAAACCAAGAGAUUACUAACUUGGUAAUGGAGCAAGUAGUCUGGAACUAAGAUAAACUUGAAUGAAAUGCUCACAGUAAAGGUUCAUUAGCUCUGUAUAGAUUUUGGGGGAUUUCUUGUAAGUCUGUGUGCAUUGUGCAGAAAUGUACAGUGUGGGUGUUAGUGAGAGUUAGACGCUGACAUCAGCUUCUCCUGUUUCUCCACCUGAAGCCUGUGCUGGGCUGCAGAUGAACCAAAUACAUGAAUAGACCGGAUGAAAGGGCUAAACAGGCUAAACAGGUGGUUUUGGUUCAUCCGGACCACGCGGGGGCCAUGAAGUCGGUGGAUGGGGGAAGUGCACAAGUGAGGAGGGGGGAGGAUGUAUGCUGUCAUCGUGUAUGUAAAUUAAAGUGUGCUGUCAUCACGUAUGUAAAUUGAAUAUGAUGUCACCGUAUAUGCAAAUUCUGAAGAGAAGCAGUGAUGUUAUAAAAUGCACCUGUUGGAAUAUAUUUGUUGGGAGUUGUUGUGGGGUAGUCACUUGAUGCAAACCAGACAACAGUUCUGAGCAUGAGGGAUUUUACCACAUAACUUUGGACGGGUGAUUCAACAUGAUCUGCAAAGAAUAUCUGUUCUACUGGGAUUAUGGACUGAAGGACUGCUCUUACUGCUGUUUGAGGAUUCUAAAAAUAACACUGACUGAAGGAACAUUACUGAACUCCAUCAUUUCCAAAGGAAUGACACCAGAGAGGAUUAUAACAAAGUUUUUAUUGGCCCAAACAACAAAAAAGGACACAAGCAGAUCUAAAUCUGGACUGAACUCUCUCUGCUUCCCCCUGGAGGCUCCAAGGCUCGUCGUUCUUCAGAUGAUCAGCCGGAUGUGGCCACACCGUCUGCUCUCCCCCUCCAAAUUACAUAAUGUGGGUGAUUAUUACUCUUCUUCUAUGAAAGCAUAGUAGCAGUUAGGAAUCAUGACGAGCCACUGAAAUAUUAACUAACUAUUGAUUCAUUGUCUGAUGAUUUAAUGGAUAUUGCUAUUUCCCUCCUGAGAUAUAUUUUAAUAAAGCAUUAUCCUGCAAUUAAAA